AUGCUGGCAGCCCUCCAAUGGGCCUCUUCGAGCCCUGACGUGCGUGUCAUCGUCCAGUCCGGCGAAGGCAAAUUCUUCACAGCAGGCAUGGACCUUAUGGACGGCGUGUACGAAGAUCCAUCAACCGUCCUGCCCGACGAGGCCAUCACUACGCUUCAUGCGUACCACAAAACCCUAAUCUUGACCGACAAAGUCCUCAUUGCCGCAGUCAAUGGACCCGCAGUCGGCUACGGCACUUCGAGUAUAGCCUUGUUCGAUCUAGUCUAUGCAAUUCCCGAAGCGUUCUUCUUCACGCCGUUCGUGAAAUGGGGACUCAGCGCCGAGGCUUGUUCGAGCUUCACGUUCUCGCAUAUCCUUGGCCGGCAGAAGGCGUCUGCGCUGAUUUUGGCCGACGAACGUAUGACUGCCGCGGAUCUCGAGCGCGCUGGACUAAUCACGAAGAUCAUCCCUGCCAAAAAGCUCAUGUCAGAGUCUGAGAUCAACAAGAAGUUGCUAAUGAGGCCAUAUCGCAAGAAGCUGCUGGAGGCGAACAAGGUCGAACUUGCUGGCCUCAAGAAGCGCGCAAGGACUCAGGAAGCAAAGGACGCGAUACGGGCGUUCGCCGAGCAGCAGGAGAGUAAGAAGAAGACACGAGCAAAGCUGUGA